CGCAGUCUAAACAAAGAGUCCAAGGUGAGAAGUUCACCCUUCGUUAUUAAAUGUGAACAGCCUGCCGAAGUAUGGAACUCGAAGCAGCGCAGCCCGGCAAACCCUUCAAGAUCACGGACCUGUCGCGCGACACCAAGAAAGGCGUCGUGGCGGAGUCCCUCGAAGACCUAACCUCAAAAGUGCGGGACAAACUUAACAUCGACAACAACGAAACCAUCAAAGUGGUGCUGGAGACCGACGGCACCGAGAUCGACGACGAGGAGUACUUCGCCACUCUGGACACCAACACCAGCCUGAUGAUCCUCCAGGAGGGGCAGCACUGGAUGCCCCAGAAGCCUCCGUGCCGACUAAGCCUCGAUCAAGUGGACGACAGCAAAGGCGGCCAGCAGUUGGUCGGGUUAGUGGAUAAAUUAAAGAACAAUUUAUGUCAUCUCUCGCUGCUCGGCGGGCCGGAAUUAGAAUUACUCAGCGACAUGGACCCCGAGUCUCUUGUCGAUAUUACCUUCCCCGAUAGACUGUUUUUGGAGCACUUGAAAGAGGCCUCCGGCCGGUAUCUCUGCGAGAAGAGGCAGGCCCAAGAUGCCAUGGAAUUGUUGAGGUUGUACCAGGAAAAGGAAACCGAAGGAGGAAACUAGAGCUGGUGGCCAAGUUGAAUUUAUUUCUUCUAAGCAUAAUGUCUUAUGUUAUGUAAGUAUACAUUCUUAAUUUUAAUAGAGUACCUACUUUUUAUAGACAGUUGAUUAGAUGCAUCUACAGAAUAGAUAAAUAACCAUCAAUAAUAAUGAAGGUUACAGAUAUUUUGCAGAUAAAUAAUCCAGGAAAUAGAAAAAAAAGGUGUUAUCUCGCUAUAAAAUUCCAGAUUUUUUUAUUUUUUGAUAUGUGUAGGUAUACAGUGUGUCCCAAAUAUAAUACAAGCAUAUAAAGAAUAUAUUUAAUAGCCUAUUUUUUCAUCUAGUGAAACCACCUAGAAGUUCUCUAAGUAAUACAGUAGCUAAGACAUUCUUGGUAUAAUAAAAGUUCCCUACCACACUCCCCGAAUUAUUCAGUAGAUAUCCUGUAC